UUGUAGUCGCACGGAACUGCAGUGCGGAAAUUCCAGUGAAAUCGCAAUAGCCAACUUGUAAUUCUAGUUGUAGCGAACGUACUGCUCCACUAUCCACUUGCAACGAACAUACUGCUUAUCUACUUUAAUACUCUGGAAAAGAGAACAAGCCAGCUUCUACCAGAAACACCUAUACUUCAGGACUCAAUAAUCGAUACCCAACCAGCGUCCAUUUUCAAGCACACACCUAGCACCAAAUGACCAGUCCGUCGCACAACGCCAACCCCACACUAUUCCACGUGAGAGACUACCGUGGUGCCACCAUCGAGGACUUGGACAUCAAGCCAGCCAUCUCCAUCAACCCCAGCACUCAUCUCCAGGAGGCGUUGGAAAUCUCGUUUGAGAACGAGUUCACAUACUUGCCAGUCAUCCAUGAAGCCAACAGAAGACUCCUUGGGGUGUUGAACAUCGAGGACCUCAAGAAGAACACUGAGCAAAUCCUGAAAAGCUCACUCAAGCCCUUAACCAAGAACUACAUGGUGUGGUUCCAUCAAAAGGCCCGGGAAAAGUACGAGGCUGAAGUAUCCAGCGAGGUGAACAAGACGCCAUUGAACUCCACCAUAAUGAAGCCCAGAACAGGAGGUGGUAAGAGGUAUUCUGUAUUGACCCCAAUGAGCCCCCUCGAGGGCUUGGCCAAGUUCUUCAACCUGGGACAGUAUUUUGCUAUUGUCACCAAUGACAAUGGAAAUUUCGUCUAUGGAGUAGCUACCCCUGAGGACUUAAUAAGAUACGAGAACUCCAGGCCCAAGCUUUAGUGACUAGCAAGCCAGGGGGCUACAAUAUAAUACUUUUGGCAUAUUUUGUUUUUUGGUUUGGAUCCAAUUGACACCCAAAAACUGAUAUUAUUUUGAAAUGAUACUCAAAAUGGUUCGUGCGA